AGAUUCCUGAAGGGCGGGCGGUGAGGUCGUAAACGUCGCCGCCGGCGGUCUUUCCCGGUAGGGCGGGCUUGGGAACAACGAGCUGGCUGAGGCAUUCAUCGCUUAGUGCGUACCUGAGUCUGCUCUUUCUGCCAGGUCUGCCUUGGUCAUCCCCACCUCUUUGCGGGUGAAGUCACCUUUGGGUUUCGAGACCUUGGGGUGUGAGGCCCCAACUCGAGACCUCUCCCUUCCCUCUCACCCUCCAUCUCUUCCUUUGCACCACCGGAUCACUUAGCCUUUGAGCCAGCCAGCGUGGCCUUGCCUUGCGGCCAAGUUUAAGGUGGUAAAGGUAACCGUGGGGCAAGCAGCCCCCAGUGGACAAAGGCAAAGGCGCGAAUAGAGCAGGCCGAGGGGCCGCAUGCGAUAAAAAUAGGCGGCUAAGCAGGUGAACAAGGAGAAAAAAAGGAAAAGAGUACUGCGGUUUUAGAAGGGACUGGAAACGACUUGUUGCACGAUGGAAGAAUCUGACUCUGAGAAAAAGAUGGAGAAAGAGAAUCUGGGGCCGAGAAUGGAUCCUCCCAUAGGGGAACCGGAAGGAUCGCUUGGGUGGGUGCUGCCAAAUCCAGCCAUGAAGAAAAAGGUGCUGUUGAUGGGUAAAAGUGGGUCUGGUAAGACCAGCAUGAGAUCUAUUAUUUUUGCAAAUUAUAUUGCCAGAGACACACGUCGACUUGGUGCAACAAUACUAGACCGUUUACAUAGUCUUCAAAUUAAUAGCAGUUUGAGCACCUACUCUCUCGUAGACUCUGUUGGAAAUACAAAGACAUUUGAUGUAGAACAUUCCCAUGUUCGAUUUCUGGGAAACCUGGUGUUGAACCUGUGGGACUGUGGUGGACAGGACAACUUCAUGGAAAAUUAUUUCACUAGCCAGCGAGACAACAUCUUCCGAAAUGUGGAGGUUCUGAUUUAUGUCUUUGAUGUGGAGAGCCGCGAACUGGAAAAGGACAUGCACUAUUAUCAAUCAUGCCUGGAGGCCAUUCUGCAGAAUUCUCCAGAUGCCAAAAUCUUUUGCUUGGUGCACAAAAUGGAUCUGGUGCAGGAGGAUCAACGGGACCUGAUUUUUAAAGAGCGAGAGGAAGAUCUGAGGCGUCUGUCUCGCCCUCUGGAAUGUUCUUGUUUCCGAACAUCGAUCUGGGAUGAAACUCUCUAUAAGGCCUGGUCCAGCAUCGUUUAUCAGCUGAUUCCCAAUGUUCAGCAACUGGAAAUGAACCUAAGGAAUUUUGCUGAAAUUAUUGAGGCUGAUGAAGUGCUGCUUUUUGAGAGAGCGACUUUUCUGGUGAUUUCUCACUAUCAGUGUAAAGAGCAGCGUGAUGCCCACAGAUUUGAAAAAAUCAGCAACAUCAUUAAGCAGUUUAAGCUGAGCUGCAGCAAGCUGGCUGCCUCUUUCCAGAGCAUGGAGGUCAGGAACUCUAACUUUGCUGCUUUCAUUGAUAUCUUUACAUCCAACACUUAUGUGAUGGUUGUGAUGUCUGAUCCAUCUAUUCCUUCUGCAGCUACUCUGAUCAACAUCCGCAAUGCCAGGAAACACUUCGAAAAACUGGAACGAGUGGAUGGACCAAAGCAGUGUCUUCUCAUGCGCUGAACAUUGCCAAAAGUUGUUUCAGAAGAAAAUUGAAAUACUGUUUCUUAAUCUUAGUGUUGUAUUCGUGUAUGUAGGCUCUGAAACGUUAUGAUGCUUACCACUUCUGUAUUUCUUCCCUACAAUCUCCAGUCUUAUUGUUUAACCUUGAAGUUUAUUUACUCAAAUAGCUAGUGAGAAAUUAGACGAGCUGUCCACAAAGUUGGUGUGAUGUAAAAGUAGGUGAUAUGUGUAAGUGUUCUGAUAAUAAGGUUCUAAUAGUGUGUUCUGAUAACCCAGUUCCAAUAAUCACGUGUGCCAAAGUCUCUUCCAAUAUUGUCUUGUAUUCCUUAUCAGAUAGUAACCUAGAUGUUUGGCAUAUUACUGUUUUCUCAGCAUGCAUUAAAAAUAUUCCUUAACUCCAAUUGAAAAUAAACUUUUGCAGUUAGGGA